AAGUGCACGUUGAAGUCAACUAACUAGAUCUUCAGACUUAACUUACAUCAAUUCGAUAUGGGAAAGGCGAGAAAAUCUACAAAGAAAAUCAAAACGAAAUCGUGCCUGGGCAAUAUAGAAAUGAAUUUUGCCAUCCUUGGUUCAAGCCAUUGCGGUAAGACAAGUCUCGUGAAACGAUUUCUCUGCAAGUCCUUCAGUGAUAAAUACAACCCAACUUCCAUGGAUGUUUUUGAAGAACACUACAGACUUGAUGCUACAGAUGUCGGUGUUUCAUACCGUAUUUUUGAUAUCACUGGUUCCGACGAUUUCCCAGCCAUGCGGCAACUCGCAAUCAACUCUGCCGAUACAUUCGUCAUCGUUUACGCUGUGAACGAUCGAAAGUCCUUCGAAGAUGCCAAAAAGGUGAAAAUGGAAAUAUUGAAAACAAAGGGUCGAACCGCAGACAUUCCGAUAUUAUUGGUCGCAAGUAAAUGCGAUGUAGAUAAAGAGAAUCAUGUGGUAAGCUCAGAAGAAGGAAAAGUAUUAGCAAAACAUUGGGGAUGUCAUUUCGCGGAGACGUCCGCAAAGGUUUCACAGAACAUUGACAAUCUAUUCACACAACCUAUGAUCAAAACAUUAAAACAGAAAUAUCCAGAACUUGCUACAAGGUUUCAAUGAUGCUUCGCUAUGUUGCUCGUUGAUAUUAUCGUAUUAAUGAUAUAAAAGUAUGAAAAAAAUUAAACGUGUCCAUUUGUAAAAAAAAUUAUUAUAUACAAUGUAAAUAACUG